AUGGCAGCAACUGACACAGCAAAGAAGAGUAGAAAUCCUUACCUGGACUCUGAUGAAGAUUUCUUGACAGACUCAGAUGAUGAGAAGAAAGUUGACAACAUCGUUCAGGAUAUUGAAAAUGAUAAACUGGGUGACCAUGUCCCUAACAGCCGUUGGGCGAAAGUCAAGUGUGCUGUUCGCGAAUGGGGAGAAACUUCGUCUUGUCAUGGUAUCCCACACUUGUCCCAGGCUAAUACGGUCAUAUCCAUGGUCAUCUGGUCUGUAAUUUUAGCUUUUUGUGCUGUCGGUUUCGUUUACUUGUUCUCCAACACUCUCAUGCAAUAUUUGAGAUUUGAGAAACUUGUCAGAUUAAAUCUUGACCUGAAACAAACGAAUUUUCCUUCUGUCACUUUCUGCAAUAUCAAUCCUUAUAAGAUGAGCAAAAUAAGAACCAUCAAAGAACUAGCGGCAUUGUUGAGCGUGUACGAAUCGGCUGCUAAUGGUACUCUACUGUGA